ACAGGACUGCAGUAAGGUUCUGAAGAGCAAGCUUACCCAGAGAAAGCGUAAAGGAUCUCAUUCCACAAAAACCAGAUCUUCACAAAAGAGAAGAAGAGGACAAACUUCAACUAGUGCGAUGACAGCAGUUUCUGAGCUAAUAGAGCUGGAAGAAAGCGUGGAAGACGUUGUGGAUUUGACUUGUGAAUCCUAUGAGUCAACCGUUGUCGACCUAACAGACUUGACCCAAAAUGACUCUGUGGUGAUUGUCGAAGAGCACCGAGGCCAAAGAAGAAAUGCAGCCCGGGGGUCCUCACAGGUGGCAAGCUGUAUAUUAAGCAGUGAUGAUGAAGAUUCAAAAAAUAACGACGUUUAUCUCAGUGGCGGUGGAUCCAGUGACUUAACUUCAGUCCACACCAGAUCCAGAUCGAGUGGAGCACAUGUUAGUUGUCCUAUUUGCAUGGAUGGGUAUUCAGAGAUUGUACAAAGCGGACGUCUCAUUGUGUCUACCAAAUGCGGUCAUAUAUUCUGCAGCCAGUGCCUUCGCGAUGCCCUUAAAAAUGCCACCUCUUGUCCGACUUGCCGAAAGAAACUGACACACAAACAGUACCACCCCAUUUACAUAUGAGAGUUCAUUAAUGUGUUGUGUGCCCAGACUCGACCUACUUCUGAACUUUUUGCGAUAUUGUUUUAGGUGGUGUGUACAUGGAGGAUGUGUUGUGUUGGGAAGGACCUGUUGAAGAAAAUUUGCAUCUAGUUAGGCUACACACAAUGCCAGUUCUGUGUGGCCGGUGACCAUACAAUGAGUUGUUUAUAGGUACCCUUAUUUUUUUCAAAGUACCUGGACAUGGACAGCAUUUUAAGGUGGCUUAUCUGGGUUGCCUGCUCCAUUCAUAUCCUAAAAUUUCUUACUGCCUCAAUGUAAGUUGUCCAUUGACCUCAGAUCCCAGCCACCUGAUAAUUGGGUAUGGUAAUAUUUAAAGGACCUGAAAAUUCAGAGAGAUUCCAAGUUGGUUUCUGCUCUUUGAACUGUCCUCUGGAGAUUUGCAGUGUAUGUCCACCUCUGACCAAUGUCAUAUAAGGACAGAUCAAUGAGAUUGCUACUUUUUUUUUUUUUUAUUAACAUUUACCUUGGAUUCAAAGAACAAAAUCCUGUAUUGUCCAUUUAGAAUAGGAUCCGUCAUAACUGGGCUUCUGCAAAAGUGUGAACAUUCAUAAUUAAAUGAUUGUGGAAGUUUAUAAAA